GGGUAUUUGUGAUACUUAUUCUUGAAGCUAUGGUUGCCUUUGGCUUCCAGCGGCUGGAUGAUUCAAUAACAACGGCAAGAUUUAGUUUCUCUGAAAUAUAUCUUCACCAAAAAGUCUUGGACGCUGGCUCUACUAUUGCAAUCAAUACGAAAUUAAAUUGUGGGGAAAAUAUGCGGGUUCGGAUUUUGGGCUCCGAGUGCUUUGGAGACUUAAAACUCCCCUUUGAAAAUCUGUACGAAAACGAAUGGUUUCACAAAUCCUUUGAAAACUACAAAGCUUGUCAAGUUUUCAACGCGACGUGGUACCCCGAUGACGCUAUGAAGUGCCGUGACGUCACCACAGAUGACGUCAUCACAAAAUUAAAGUUCGAAAGCCAAGAAAAAAAGCAAAAGAACAUGGACACAACUCCGUUUACAGGAAGGUAUUAUAUAAUUAUGGCGGUGCAAACUAUCGGAGAAAAAGAAAUUAAAGUUGAUAUUACAAUGCGAGGAUACAACGGGUAUCUUAACAACUACGAAAUUAAGGCUUGCCAAUCCCGAAUUCUUAGCGCAUCCGUAUUUGCUCUGACGUUGUGUUUGCUAGUGAGGUCGCAAAAGGACGUUAGCGGGAUUUUCGGUUUUCUUAUCUGUCUGAUUACUUUGGAAAUAGUUUGUCACCUAUUUUGGUGUCUGGUUUACGUGCAACAUGACGUGUACGGCUAUUCUGACGUCAUAAUGAACGCCACCGCUGCAGUGAUGGAUGUUUUCAACAGCGCCACCUUUCGGGUGUUUAUAUUAUCUCUAUGUAUGGGGUUGGGUGCGAAGAAACUAAAAAAAGAAGUCACCUGGUGUGUUCCAAUUAUGUUUGGUGCCACCUACGUCAUAGCCAAUAUAUGUUACGUCAUCAGUAAGAGACGAAAUUAUGACGUCAUGUUUCAACGCUCGGCGGGAGUUUUCGGGCUAGUCAUUGACGCAAUGAUAGCUUAUACAGCGAUAUCUAUGAUUGUUGGUAGAAUGCAGAAGCCGUUAAAAGACAAAACGAAAAUUGUGUACCAUAAAUUGUUUAAUGUGUUUAAAUACACGGGUGCUUUAAGCGUUGUUAAUAUUAUGCUGAUGGUAAUAGUUGUCACUAACUACUGUCAAUUUGCAUGGUACUUUUCGCUGGUUAUUGAUGUAAAUUGGAUCGUCAUAAGAUGGCUAUUUAUUGUGUCAGUAGCGCUUGUUUACCGCUAAUGCUAUUUAUGUAUUCAAAAGCGUGAAGUGUGUGAAAAAAAAGGGUAUCA